AUAAGUCACACGCGCUUCACGAGCCGGGAGUGCGGUGCGGCCAGCGCUGGAGCGCCGCAUCUUUAGAGGUCACGUGGAGUCGUCGGGAUAGAUCCGUUCGUCAAACGACAUUGAGCCUCUUCGGGACGCAGUCUCUGAACCUGCAGGGAUGCGUGGUUGUCGUAGCACCAAUGUGGGACCCACCUUUCGUCUACGCUCAUGACAGAAAUGGAACAGCUGCAGGUCUGGAUUUACACUUCGUAAACUUCUUUUCGUACGCCGCGAACUGUUCUCUGCAUGUUCUUCCUGUGAACAAAGUUGCCACGAAUCUGCGUUACCCGUAUGGGGACAACCAGGUUUUUACGAUGAGAAAUCGUCGUGCGGCUGGCGAGCCUCGCCCAGUGCAGACGCUGGCACACGGUGGCGCCGACCUCGUCGUGGGGGGCGUGUACCCCACUGUAGACAGGGCUCGCUUCUUCGCCAUUAGCGACGGCUACAUCGACGACACGAUACAGUGCUACGUGGUGCCAGAACACCGCAUCCCUCGCUGGAAGUACCCCUACGCCGUGUUGCAGCCCAAGGUGUGGCUGUGCCUCGUCAUGGCGAUGGUGGCGCUAGUAGCCGUGCUGUCACUGGGGAACGAGCAGGGCGUGAUGGCCAACGCCAUGACGGUUCUCGGCGUGCUCACGGAAGGCAGUUGGGCUUCGCGUUCGAGUCAGUCGCGGCAAUGCUCCGCUCUCAUCGUACUCUGGGUGGUGUUCACCAUGCACUUCAACUCCGGCUACCGCGCUGUGCUGUCCACGGCCAACGUAGGCCGUUUGGUGACUCGAGGAUUUUCGUCGUUAGAGGAAGUGAAGGAAUCGGCUGCGCGUGUUCUCAAGUUGUCGGCGAUUCUCGCAAACCAAGUCGAAGAAAUACUCGGUCCUGUUGAAAUAUGCGGAAAUCUUGACAACUGUUCCAGAAUAGUUCGUAUGAAUCAGGACAGCUCAGCCAUGGUCGUUAGUAGUCGCAACAUGUGGUUUAUGAGUCCCGAGUACUUCCUGGACGAGCGCCAACGCCCUUUGGUGAAACCACUCCCAGAGACAUUGUACACGUUCUACAUGGGUGCCUUGCUGGAACGCGACUCUCCACUGCUCCCUGUUGUCAACCACGUCGUGGCCGCCAUCCGAGGAGGGGGCUUUUACAGGGCGUGGCUGUCGAGAAUGGACGCAAUGGUCCAGCGACAGGUCGUGAGGAUAAACCGACGGCACUCCAAAUGGCCUCCUAGAUUGGACUUAGCUAGAACCAUGGGCCCAUUCGCUCUUCUUGUGACUGGGCUAGCUGCUUCGACGUGCGUCUUCGUCACAGAGCUCCUGUGGCCAAGUUGUGCAGUUCACAACCGACAGCGGCAAGUCCGCAAAACCGCAGGAAGUUCUAAAUACGAUAUUACGUUAGAAGAAAGCCCUGUGAAAAGCGAUCGGUCUGAAAUGGGUGACCAGAAUACAAUGGCGUAAUCCAUUCAAAAGCAUGUCAUACGUAAGCCACGUGUUGUUCAACUGAGCGUUCCCAUUCGUGUAUGGAAAAGACUGAGUUCGUUAUCCAGGCCACAAUCGCUAUUUCCUGGUCCAGAUUCGUCUUCAGCAGUCCCGUUUUGCAAUACAGCGACUCGCAGAGAGCGUGGCUUUGAUAAUUUCUAGUUUU